AUGGAUUCCGGACAGAAUGUUCUCUACAUCCUUGUGGAUGACCUAAGACCUACCCUGGGGAGUUACUCCUAUAAUUACACUAGUAUUGUCACUCCAAACCUUGACAACCUGACCCGUCUUUCUGUUGUCUUCACCAGGGCAUACGUAUAGCAAGCCUUAUGUUGGCCUAGCAGGGCCUCAUUUCUGACUAGCAGACGACCAGACACAACGAGAGUGUAUGACAUUCAUGCUUACUGGAGAGAGACUGGCAGGAUCACCACACUGCCACAACAUUUCAGGCUGAAUGGCUAUCACACAAUGUCUGUCGGCAAAAUAUUUCACCCUGGUCGAGCUUCAGGAGGAACAGAUGAUUACCCAUACAGCCGGUCACAAGCACCCUGCCACCCAUUAACACAGAAACACCAAAUGGCCAAGGUAUGUCCAGAGGUUGAUUGUGGACUUGACAUGGAUGUGGUCUGUCCAGUAGACGUGGCCCAACAGCCAGAAGGAACACUGCCAGAUAUACAAAGUACGCACCAUGCAGUAAGCAUCCUCAAACACGUGCCCAGUAUGCCAAGCACGAAAUCUUUCUUCCUGGCAGUUGGGUACCAAAAGGAUGAAGGGCUACCUAAGUUAUACCUCCUGUCACAAGUCCACUUGGCCCCUGACCCUACACUCCCAGUCAAGUUACCAAAAGUAGCCUGGAACCCUUGGAUGGACCUUCGGAGACGACACGAUGUCCAAUCACAUAAUGUAAGCUUCCCCUACGGACCAGUACCAGUGGAUUUCACAUUGUCCAAAGCUACACAAGGCAGCCUUGCGAUUACUUGUCAAAGUUUCAUGAUCUUGGGAAAGUUUAGUAUGAUGGCCUCCAUGUCCGAUAUCGAGAUGUAUUGUAUAGAGGCUAGACAGGUGUAUUAUUUGUUUUGUUUGGUAGGCUGGUCCCUGGGAGAACACCAAGAAUGGUCCAAGUACAGCAACUUUGAGGUGGCAGUCAGGGUGCCAAUGAUGGUUUAUGUUCCUUGGAAAACCUGUCAUAGAUAUUUUCCCUACAGUGACAGAGCUAACAGGACUAGGUUCUGUUCCAAAGUGUCCAAAAAAAUAUCCUUCAAGUGUUAUGUUUGUACUGAAGGUAAAAGUUUGGGACCACUUAUAAAUUUUGUAACGUCAAACAAAAGUUCUGACAGAAUCACAUUGAACUCAACAGCUUUUAGUCAGUACCUGCGACCAUCCAGGACACCUUCUACAAACAGUGACGAGCCCAGUUAUAACCAGACAACAAUAAUGGGCUAUUCUCUCACAACAGAUGACUUUCGAUACACCCCAUGGGUCGGGUUCAACUCAAGCACCGGAAUGUGUUACUUGGGGAUGUGUAUGGCCAAGAACUCUACUAGCAUGGAGGUGUAGAGGGCGACCUGGAGGACAGUAUACUUCCAUGGCAGACAGACAUCUCCAUGUAGUCAUCUGUUCUAUGUGCAAUAUAUUAACACAGGGACUAUGCACAGCAGUUAUGGAAUGUAAUUAGAUCUACUACAUUUUAUAAUUUAGUUUAUGAUGGAACAUUUUAUAGAAAUAUGCAGAUGAUGUCUUGAAAUAUGGAAUUGUAAGUUUCUUGUAAAUUUUAAGGAAAAAAGAAAGAUGAAAGACAUCUUUCAUUCUACUUAUAAGUAAUAAGUCAAAACAGGUAACAUCUGGCAAAUACAGGUGAAUAAUUGAAUUGAUUGGCCCUUCCACACAAAAAUAAAAUAAAAAUCCUAUACCUGUGGCUUUGAGUAAAUACACACUAUAUAGACUAUCUGUUUUUAUCUGAUCUGUGGUAUUGGUUGUAGGAUGAUCAUGAGUACCAAAAGUAUCUUGCCCUGUAAACCUCUAACACUGCUGGAGUAUUAAAACAGAUGAUAAUUAUAUCUCAGAACACUUGUGCCCCUGUGUUCAUUACUACUGAUGUCAAGUAUAAAUAAAAUAAAACACAUGAUGUGAAGACUCAAAAGAAUUGAAUUUUAUGUAAACAGUAUUGUAUUGUUUUACAUAUAAAAUGUCUCCAUGUUAAAAAAAAAAAAUCAAUAAAUAUUAUCUUAUAUACAAUUAAGACUAAUCAUGACAAUAUGGACAAGACCUGUUUUGUUUGUAUUUAAGACUGUUACAAAAUAUGACAACCAAAUGAAAAGACAAACAAUUUAUCUACUCAAAAAUGGGGCUUUACAUAGUAAUUUACAGGUAACAGGGUACAGUACUUCAUGUAAACCUUUCUUAAAAAAAAAAUCAGUGACAAGGUCCAAGGUCGACAA